AUGUGGACCACAAUCCUCAAAAAUAGUAACUGGAAUCAUAAUUGGUGUUGCGGCAUCAUUCCUAAUAAUAAUAAUAAUAAUAGGAUUUGUAAUUCUAAGGAGGAAAAAAAGUCCAACAACAGUGACUUUUUCUGCAGUGACAGUAAUUGCUGUAGAGGUAUGUUGAUAUCAUGUACAUUUUAAAGAGUCCAUAUUUUCAUUUUGAACAGUCACUGUGUUAAGGUUAGCUGACCGGUUGUUGUUAUUGUUCUACUUUGGGGCUGAACUUGAAAUGUUUUAUUGAGUAAUAUGUUUCCUUCUAUUAGGCAUCAUCAGAGUUAGAGGAAACACCAAGCAAUGUACAAUGAAACAGAAGAAGGUACAGCGUCUUGCAUGUGUUAGUUUUGGAAGUAAGUAAUGGUGAGUUGUCAAGAACUUCAGCCGUGUGACAAAAGGUGUACGCUCUAUUGCUUCACGUUAUCAAUGCUAUGAUGACAAUUAAGAUAUGGUCAAAGUGCUAUAAAACUAUAGCCUCACUCUCACACGGUCCUUGUUCAUUACUGGUUUAUUCUCUCCCCAGAUUCAAGCUCUGGCCACACUUAUCAUUACAAUGCUACCUGAGGUAUGUCCAGAUUCUGUACACUGUGGUAAAUGUGAUCUAGAUUAAAUUUUUUCUUAAAGUUGGUUUCUAUGCAUAUUAAUUUUGUAGUGUACAGAGAUUCAGCUGACUUUGAAGCUUAACCAUGGACCCGAUGUCCUGAAUCCCUAAAAGAUAAUUCCAAGGAAAUGGCACAAUUUUUAUUUUUUAUAUCAUGGGGGAAAAGAAAGAAACCUUAGUUGAGAAAAGGUUAUGUGGGGGGAAACCCUCUGCUCUGUCUACAGGGAAGGUCAAGUGGGCCCACAUAGGUGCAAAUUCAAAUGUCUGGCAGUUGAAGCUUCAGUACAAAAGGGACUAAAAAUGACCCUGGUUAGUUAGCCUUCUAAUACAGGUACAGUAGCUGCUUGGAGCGUAUGCCCCAGAGAGCAGAGUAUGAGGGCGUUAAAGGUUAUAAAGCAUAAUCAUGAGGAAAUCUACAGAUUACAACAUCACCAAGACUGGAAAGCAAACAUUGUAUCUUUGUAAGAGAGCCUAGAACACUUUAAACAGUCUCUGUGCUGAUCGCGCUCCAGUGAGUUUUUAAUCAAACCGCAGAAUGAGACUGAAAAUGAAAGUUAAUUUAGAUUCAAUUUCAUUUCACAACGCGGCAGCAUGUAAAUUGUAUUUUUAUGUAAUACAUCUUCACUCUCUCCUUCUCAAACUGAACCGAACAUAGGCUAGUCCUUUUUGACCUAAUCAAACAUUAUUUUCGGAAGAACCAUUUGACUCCCCUCUUGAGCACCGUAGGCCUACACAUCCAUUGGUUAGGCUGUGUGAGCAGAGCAGGCCGAGGAUCACAUUAGGAAUAUCCAUUCCAGUGUGUAAUGCAGCCUCGUUUUAUUUACACCUUCCCAGCAGCUAUCUUAGAAAUGUUUGUCUCACCUAGGGUGGCAGAAUAUCCAGGGCUGGGCCUGUUAGGCCCAUACAUUGUGAACACAUAGGAGGUCCAGUACCGGGAAGAAAUGUAAUCUACACUGAACAAAAAUAUAAACGCAACAUGUAAAGUGUUGGUCCGAUAUUUCAUGAGCUGAAAUAAAAGGACCACUCUUACCUGGAUCACAAUUGGUACACACUUCGCAAAAAACAAAUUAUUAAUUUAAAUAUUUCAUCUAUGAAAUAUAAAUCAGUUAUUAUUAACCUACUAGUUCUGUCCAUUUUACUGAAACCUUGUAGAAAAAAUGUGGUGGAGAGAAGUAAAUUUUUAUAUUUAUUGACUGAAUUUGCAGAUAACCUAGGUCAGUGUUUCCCAAACUCGGUCCUGGGGAACCCAAGGGGUGUACGUUUUGGUUUUUGCCCUAGCACUACACAGCUGAUUCAAAUAAUGAACUCAUCAUCAAGCUUUGAUUAUUUGAGUCAGCUGUGUAGUGCAAGGGCGACAGCCAAAUCCUGCAUUAUUGGACAAUUAAAAUUAAGUCAAGAUGAGUACAUGGGGAAAGUUUAAGUACAAUGUUUACAAGUUUGUUUUGGGAAGUCUAGUUUUUUAAUAAUUUAAACGUAUGUUUAAACCUCCAUUUAUGCAGGAACAACAUCUACAGAUACUGUGUGUUCUGACUGUACUGAUGAUACUUAUUCAGAUGGAUCAUUAACAGCCUGCCAGUCACACACUGGGUAAGUGUGGCUUACACAAAUAGUUUCCCCCCUAAAUACAAAGUUACCUAACACAAAUCUAAAACUGAAAGAUGAAUGACCAAGUUAUAAAGGAAUCAUUAAUGGCCAGUAUUUAUCUUUUUAUAGAUGUGAAUCCUUGGGACUUCAGGAAAUGAAACCAGGAUCUCCUUGGUCGGAUUCAGAGUGUGGACCACAACUAUCCCAUUCCACAGCUAGAAGCGGAAUGUGUGCUGUGGCAUCCAUGACAGUUCUCAUGAUAUUAGCUGGAGCUGUUUUCUUAUUAAUAGUA